AUGGCCGCCGACGGCGACUCGGCGCACAUCCUGCUCCUCAAAUGCAUCGACGAGGGCCGAGUGGACGUCCUCUGCUCCAUUCUCUCGCAAUUGAAAACACAGCCAAAUUUCCACGAUGAGGUAGAUGGGAUCUUGAAGAAUGGCGGUACGCUUCUACACCAUGCAGUGGCAAUGGAUAGUGUCGACGUGAUCAACGCCUUGCUGAACAAUGGCGCGAACCCGUGCGUGCAGAAUGACCAGGGAAAAACGGCGUUUCAGAUGUGUUGCUCGGACCCGGCGAAGAACGCUUUCAUCCAGGAAAUUCUACGAGCCGUCACGAUGAGCAACACUGGCCGUGUCUGCCAGCUGAUUUCCUGCGGCGUUCCAGUCGAUUCGUUUGACAUGCCUUCGACCAAAAACAGCCUCCUCAACUGGGCAGCCGAUUUUGGGACCCCGGAAAUUGUUCGAACCCUGUGCGACUCGGGGGCUUCCGUCAACUUGGAAAACGCUAAAGGCGAAACACCACUACACGCCGCGGUGAGGAAGGGGAGCGAAGAUAUCGUCAGGCUGCUGCUGAGCUACGGCGCUGAUCCGACGAAGAAGAACAACAAGGGCGAGGACUCCUUCGCGAUCGCCGCAGCCAAGGGUGGUGCGCUGACCCCGUUGCUGAGUGUUGACACGGUGACGCGCGGCGUGCGGCGUAGCGCUUCGGUGGAAUCGCUGGAAUGCGACAGGGCCUCAAUUAUAAGCACCGAGACGUCGGCCGCAAACCUGUUCGCAAAUGACAGGUCGUCAACAUUUGUCGCCGGACGGCUCGACUCGUGGACCGACCUGCUAUGGCCCCAACCGACACAGAUCCGCAUUUUCUCGCAGAGCCGCUCUUUUCAAUUGCCCAAGGAUGGCAGGUUAAAAAUCUACUUCGACGACGCGUCCGAGGGCGAGCCCCGCCAAAUGAUGCAGGCCAUUCAGAUCAGCUCCCCGCUUCUACAAUCCGUUUCUGUCGAAUUGGAGUACCGAGGCCAUAAGACGGCCGACCACGAGAACUCGCCACUCGACGGGAAAGUGCUCGUCGGCGUCUACAAAGACGGACGACCGACUGGAUCAUAUUGCUUGUCGAUCGAGAAUAAUGGAAUUGAGAUCCAGGCAACCGAUUACGCCGGGGUGCGCUACGGGUUCGCGACGCUGGUGCAGAUACUCCGGAUUCACAAAUACGGCGCCAAGCUUCCGGAUGAGAAGGCGCAGAACGGGCACGUUAAUGGGAAUUCUGCCUCGCCGAGCGCUUCUUUGAACGGGUCCUUCCAAACCCCCGGCGAGAUCCCUGAUCUUCUCCCAUCCGGCGACAUCCCGGCGAUGGUGGUCCGUGACUGCCCAUCCCGAACUUUCCGAGCCGUCUACCAAGACUUUAGCGGAUGCCGAAUCCUGAAUACCGAAACGGUCCUCCAGAUGGCCACCCGGCUCAGCUACUGCAAGGCCAACUAUUUGUUCCUGAAUUUUGAGGUCCGGACGACCGAUCGCUAUCAGCUGCCCUACACGAACAGGGACCUCUUCCACAUGCUCCAAGUCUGCGACGAGCUUUUUAUCAAGCUCGUCCCUUCGCUGGACCUCCAGUCUUCCUACAUCGAGCCCCCAGCUGCCCGGCGCAUCAUCGACCAAUUCCUGGACGAUUUCCCGCUCUCUAACACCGCCCAUUUUGGCCCGAAUCUCGCAUCGAUACUUGUAGCAAAUCGUGCCGUCCUCGCCUCCGUGCAACGCCGAGUACCCACGAUUUUCCUGUCCGUCGACGUGGACGAAAAGAAUGCGGCCCAUCUCUCCAAAGUGCCGCCCUACGUCACCCUCUGCGUCGAGGGGAAAUUCCCGUUUGAUGCGGAACGACUGCUCUCCCCGCGGGUAUCAAUCGUGCUAAAGUUCGCCGUCGGCGACGAGGGCCAUCUAUGCGCCGCCCCGGACUCUACGGCCAAGAAAGCCCUACUCGCCGCCAAGCUCUCCGACAAGCCGCACGUGCUCGGGAAUAUGGUGUGCGAGCUGUCGACGGGAUGUGAGAUUAUGCCCCCAUCACUCUCGUACAUGCCUCUGUUGGCUGCUGUUGGAGUCAGCUGGAAUACACAGACGGAUAUGCGGAAAUUCGCUUUCCUCCUACCCUCGAUCACCGCCCAUCACUUCCUGUUGGAUGGCGACAUGACGCAGUUAUUCGAGCAGGCCUCGACUCUCGGGCGGGUUGAACAUACGUUAACUAGAUACAACCUCGGCCUCUGGAAGCCGUCGUCGCCCGACUUGGAUUCGUUGCUGAAAGAUGAGCUGUCCACCAAGAUGAAGACGUCCAUCUCGGUCUUCGUCGAGAUCAUCCUCAACCCGGAGAAUCUGCAGCUCGAUCGAUUGACCCCGGCCAUAUUCAAGAGAGCUCGCGUCGAGCUGCGCAAGAGCGCGCGCGCCUUGGACGAGGCGCGGAAGAGCCUACCCUACAAUUUCGAGCUGGCGUUGGUUUUGGCGGAGAUUCGCCUCGCCACCGAGCUAUUGGGGUUGGCGUCGAGGCUCGGCCAAUCCUUGUGCAUCCACAGCGUCAGCGCGCACUACGGCAGCGAGGCCGAGCGCAAGCGCUCAAGCGAUGGGCCAUGGAUGGGCGCCUCGCCUGGCCGUGUCGGCGUCUCUCAUCUACCGCUGACGAUCCGGACGGAUCUGGCGAAUCAGCUGCUGUCGAUCCGCGCCCAGUUCCAGCACGUCUGGCUGUCCCGCUCGAUGCCGUCGACGUUGCCGAACGCGAUGAAGAUGUUCAACAACCUGUUCAAGGCGCUCCUCCCGCCCGACAUGCACGAGUACGGGCAGCAGCUGCUC